UUCUUAUCUGCAGCAAAUCAAAGUGAGACUCGAAAGGGUGACGAUGAAUAUGAGAACAAGAUAUUUUCUGGUUUGUCUAGCUCUCGUAAUUAUCGCUCAAGCUCAAGAUCAAUCAGGUUUCAUAAGCAUAGAUUGUGGACUACCAGCAAAUUCGAGCUACAAAGAAUCAACCACCAAUAUCACUUACAUUUCAGAUGCAGCAUACAUAAACAGUGGUGUAAACAAGAGCAUAGACUUGAACAAAAGUAGCUAUGAAGAACAGCUAUCGUCCGUUAGAAGCUUUCCAGAAGGCAUCAGGAACUGUUACAACAUAAGCGAUGUUGUUAGCGACACCAAAUAUUUAAUUCGAGCAAGCUUCUUGUAUGGUAACUACGACGGGUUAAGAUACUUACCAAACUUUGAUCUCUACUUUGGAGAUAGCAUGUGGACCACAGUGAAUAUAACGACAGAAGCAAUCAAAUUCGACUACGAUAUCAUACAUAUUCCAUCAGCAAAUAGUGUACAAAUCUGUCUAAUUAAUACAGGAGCUGGAAUACCUUUCAUCUCUGCAUUGGAAUUUAGACCCUUGCCAAAUCUUAUUUACCCAGUUGAAUCUGGAUCCUUGUCACUGUUUACUCGACUGGAUAUGGGUUCAUCAUCGAACAUAUUAUACAGGUUCCCUUAUGAUGUUUUCGAUCGGAUUUGGACACCUUAUAAUAAUGAUGAAGAUUUCAAUCGAUUAAAUACCACUCUUACUGUAGAUGCCGAUAAUCACACAGAGUACCAACCAGCAGCCAUUGUCAUGGAAACUGCCUUUGUCCCCAAAAAUGCGAGUAGAUCUUUUUCUCUUUCGUGGGAGCCAGCUGAUAAAAAUACCCAAUAUUAUAUGUAUCUUCACUUUGCUGAGGUGGUAAAGCUUCAACGAAAUCAAUUUAGAGGCUUCAACAUCAGUUAUAAUGGAGAAUAUUGGAAGGGGCCUGUUAUUCCAGAUUACUUGCACACAAGCAGCAUUUAUAGCACCAACCCAUUAGGAUUCCCAGAAAAUGAACACAACUUUACAUUUUCUCGAAUUGAAAAUUCAACACUUCCUCCAAUCCUCAAUGCUGUAGAAAUAUAUUUCAAAAUUAACAUCUCAGAAUUAGAAUCAGAUCAAGGAGAUGUGGAUGCAAUCAGAAAAAUAAAGUCGACUUACGGAGUAAUCAAAGAUUGGGAAGGAGAUCCAUGCAUCCCAAGGGCAUACCCUUGGAGUGGUGUAGGUUGCAGCAAUGAGUCAACCCCAAGAAUCAUAUCACUGAACUUGUCAUCGAGCGGUCUGACAGGUGAUAUAACUCCAGACAUAUCCAGUCUAACAGCCUUACAAAUUUUGGACUUGUCAAACAAUAGCUUAGCAGGAAAACUGCCCGAUUCUCUAUCCAAAUUGUCAAACCUCACAGUCUUAAAAUUGGAGAACAACAAUCUCUCGUGUCCAAUUCCACUUGAACUCAUAAGAAGAUUCAACGAUAGUUCACUAUCAUUAAGUAUGAAAGGUAAUCCAAAUAUAGGAGCAGUUGAAUGCACCGGGGAGGAGAAAGAAGUGGAGAAGGAGAAGGAAAAAAAUAACAAGUUUGUCAUUCCAAUAGUAGCAUCAGUUGGUGGCCUGCUUGUGAUUGUCAUAACUGCAGGGGUUGUCUUUUGGAUUGCUAGAUCAAAAAGGAAACAGAAAGGUAAAGAUGUCGCGGAGGUGGAUCGUCCAGAAAGCAACAUUUUGGGUGGCAGUUAUUUGGAAACCAGAAGAAAGCCGUUUACUUAUUCUGAAAUUGUGAGAAUGACCAACAAUUUUGCGAGGAUUCUUGGCAGAGGCCGUUUUGGAGCGGUUUACCAUGGGUUGGUUGAUGAUAUCCAAGUGGCUGUGAAGAUGCUAGCUCCAUCUGCCAUACAAGGCCACGAUCAAUUUAAAGCAGAGGUUACAGUUCUUCUCAAAGUUCAACACAGAAACUUGACAAGUCUUGUAGGAUAUUUGAACGAAGGAACUCACCUUGGUCUCGUUUAUGAGUACAUGGCCAAUGGAAGUUUAGCACAGCGCCUUUCUGAGAUAAGUUCACGUGUCUUAAGUUGGGAAGAUAGACUCCGAAUAGCAAUGGAUGCAGCACAAGGACUAGAGUACCUGCAUGAUGGUUGUAAGCCACCAAUAAUCCAUGGAGAUGUGAAGGCAGCAAACAUCUUGCUAACUGAAAAUUUACAAGCUAAAAUUUCUGACUUUGGCCUUUCGAAGAGCCACCCAACAGAUGAUAAGGCCAGUUACCUCGACCCAGAGUACAAAACAUUAAACAGGUUGAGUGCAAAAAGUGAUGUGUACAGUUUCGGCAUUACCCUGUUGGAGAUAGUGAGUUGCAGACCAGCGAUAUCAAAAUCCCAAGGCAAGGAUUCGGUCCAUAUAGUCAAAUGGGUCGGCUCCAGGUUAGCUCAAGGUGACACUCAAAGUAUAGCAGACCCAAGAUUGAAAGGAGAAUAUAACAUAACCUCUGUCCAGAAAGCGGUGGAAAUAGCAAUGGCUUGUGUAGCGGUGAACUCCAUUAGAAGGCCAACAAUGGGUCAAGUGGUGGCAGAACUGAAAGUUUGCUUGGCCACAGAACUGGAUCGAACGCCGGAGAGUCAUCCCCCGAAUUCAACAGAUUACACUGACAUGACAUCCAUCUACAGGGUUUUGCCUGCUCAAUCGGGACCCAUGGCCAGGUGAAGUUUGGACCGGAUCCUCGUAACAUCCUCUUCCCUCUGUUUUUCUCGAUUUCUCUGUAUUUUUUGCGGCGAGUGGCUCAAAACUUGGCAUGUUCAUAUUUCUCGGCCUUAAAAUGCUUUAUAAUAUACUAUGAAUUUUAAUAUGCAACGGUAUAUACUAGUUAUCGUUGA